GCCCAAGCCUCCGAUAUGAACGCCACUUUCCGCAAGAAGGUCAGUGAACUGCUCGACCCGGGGUCGCCCGCCAUGGGCAACCAGAGCCGUGGGCAGCCCUGGGAGGGGGUGGAGGUCUCGCCUAGUGGUAGAGCCAACACCAGCCUGCCCAAUGAGGAGGUCUUCCUGUUACCCACUUUCUCCACCGCCGCCAAGGUCCGGGUGGCCAUCACCUUCGUCCUCUUCCUCUCCUCCGCCUGCUUCAACAUCGCUGUGCUGUGGACCGUCACCCAGAAGUACCGCAAGAGGCCGCACAUCCGCAUCCUCAUUGUCAACCUGGCCGCAGCCGACCUGCUGGUGACCUUUGUGGUGAUGCCCUUGGACGCAGCCUGGAACAUCACAGUGCAGUGGUAUGCAGGCGACCUGGCCUGCCGGGCCCUCAUGUUCCUCAAGCUGGUGGCCAUGUAUGCCUCAGCCUUCAUCACCGUGGUGAUCAGCCUGGACCGCCAGGCGGCCAUCUUACACCCACUGAGUGUGGGCGACGCCAAGAAGAAGAACAAGGCCAUGCUGUGUGUGGCCUGGGCCCUGAGCGUGUUGCUGGCACUACCUCAGAUGUUUGUCUUCCAUGCAGUGAGCCGCUCCCAGCCCAUCUACUUCAUCCAGUGCGCCACAGUGGGCAGCUUCCAAGCCCACUGGCAGGAGACCCUCUACAAUAUGUUCACCUUCUCCUGCCUCUUCCUGCUGCCGCUGCUCAUCAUGGUGCUGUGCUACUCCCGAAUCCUCAUCGAUAUCUCCGGUAAGAUGAAGAGAGUCUGCGUCUCCUCCAAGGAGGUCCACCUCCGCCGCUCCUACAACAACAUCCCCCGAGCCAGGAUGCGCACUCUGAAGAUGUCCAUUGUCAUCGUGCUGACCUUCGUUCUGUGCUGGACUCCCUACUACCUGCUGGGCCUCUGGUACUGGUUCUCCCCGGAGAUGCUGAGCCGGAAGAAGGUGCCUCCAUCCCUCAGCCACAUCCUCUUCCUCUUCGGCCUCUUUAACGCCUGCCUGGACCCCCUCAUCUAUGGCCUCUUCACCAUGCACUUCCGCAGGGAGAUCGGGCGCGUCUGCCGCUGCACCCAUCGCAGGAAGGAGCAGGCCUCCACGCUGAUUGGCUCCUUCCGGACCUCCACCACGGCCGCGCCCAUCAGGAGUGCCGGGGAGGACCAGGGGGGCUCGGGCAAGUAUGAACUGGAGGUGACGGUUAAUGUGGCCUUGCCUGCUGGGAGGUGCGAACUGUGCAGGAAGAAGAUAGUGGAGAGUUUCAUAUGAGUGGACCUUUGCCACGCCCAGACUCACCUCUGCUUCCCAGCAAGGAAGAGAGCCCAGUGGGACCCCCAUAAUGUGGGAGCUACUGGGCAAUUGUUCCUUCACUCAAGCACCCACCAAUAAAUCCAGAUUAUUUUCUCAGCCAGUGGCCUCUCCUUGAUCUUCUCCCUUUGUGCCCAUCUGUCUCUCGCUACCCAGAGCUGUGCCAGGUUGCACGCUCCCCAGCUGGCAUGGGUGGAGGUGGACAAAGAGAGCGGACUGCUGUGGGCUUCUGCUCCUUGGAAAGGUCGCCACUAAAGUCUGCUAGCAGUGUGGCCUAGUGGACACAUCCUUGACUCAGGAGACCCAGGGUUUAUUCCCAGCUCAGCUGCUGGGUGACCUUGAGCAAGUCACUUUGCC